GCGACGCACGUGCCGCCGAAGCGAAAAAAAAACGCGCGACAAAAAAAUGUUUACGCGCAAACUUUUGUUGGUAUGCAACUUUGACAAAUAAAUUAAAAAAACGAGCAAGAUUUGUUUUAAAACAGUGUUUGAGUGGUGAAAUAAAAUUAUGGACUCCAAAACUCCGAGCGGGUCGUCUUCACCGCCACGGCCAGUGAAGAAGGAAAACGAAGAAGAAAUCAAGGAAUUUGCUGAAACAGCUAUGAAUGAGCUGCUAGGCUGGUACGGGUAUGAGCGACUGGAGCUGAGGCGAUGGGCCGCCUCCCGUGCCAGGGACGCCAGCCCUGAACAAGCCAACGACCAGAAGAACAAAGACGAAUGUUCCUGGUGCAACAAGAGUAUAAGCAGCGAGGGCGGAGCCCUACAACAGGCCGGGGCGGCCUUCUGCUCGGAGCUGUGUUUCAGCCAGUCCAGGAGGGCCAACUUCAAGAGGGCGAAGACCUGCGACUGGUGUCGACAUGUCAGGCACACCGUGGCCUACGUCGAUUUUCAGGAUGGUGCUACACAACUCCAGUUUUGCUCCGACAAAUGUCUGAACCAGUACAAGAUGCACAUCUUUUGUCGCGAGACGCAGGCGCACCUCGAUCUCAACCCCCACUUGGUGAGCGGCGCCUCCACAUCCAACCUCAUCACGCCCGAACUGUGGUUAAAAAACUGCAAAAGCAGAUCCGCCUCCCCAACAUCUGAGAGGUCCGGAUCUCCAAACCCUGAAGCUAAUAAACAUAAUAACCCAGAAAAUAUAGAAGAACAUAAAAUACAGAAGAUUCCACUUCGCAAAUCUCCGCCACUGCCAGUCAUAACUAUUGCUCCAACGGAGAAACUGAUGAAGCCAAAGAGAUCAUCGGAAGAGAGAACACCGCCUCAAAAGGUACCAGAGGCGAAAAAAGAUACAAGAGGGACAAAGAUGAAUUUGAGAAAGCGUAGAACGUCGAAAUGUUCAGCAACAGUGACAUCACAAACCCUUCGGCGGCAGACUUCAACGCCCAAGGCGCAGGAUUUACGCAUGUGUAGCCCUUCAGUAGAUGGGUCGUCACCUGCGUCCACCACUGGUCAUAGUGCCAUACAUUCACCACCACAUCCAGUAAACCCACAUCCUCAACCACCACACUUCCCUAACCCUAUGUUUGGGAUGCCACCACCAGUUUUCAUGGAUACAGGCCCAGGAAUGCCUAAUGAACUAAGGCAACCAUUAUUCCCACCGAGACUGAAUUUUAUGCCCAGACCAGGUAUGUCAAUGCCCCAUGAGAGGCCUCGAAUCCCACCACCUCCAAAUUUCCCACCAGCUUUCGGUCAAGCUCCUCCCGUCACUGUAUUAGUUCCAUACCCUGUUGUUAUACCUAUACCUCUUCCAAUCCCUAUACCAAUUCCAUUAACGUCGUUCAUACAAGCACACUGCGCAAAUAAAGUCAAAACGGAGGUCAAAAGUGAUGAUAAUGAUGGACCUCUAGAUUUCACAAUCAAUAGUGACAAAAACAGAGAAAAGGAAAGUAAUAAAACGAAUGUUGUGAAUGGCGACAAUCAUUCAGAGACGACAGAGGAUAGGACCGCAAAUUGUGAAGAAAAUAAAGAGGUAGAAGAUCGACUGGAGCCCGAAGAAGGGACUGAGGUCGAAAGCACUGAAUCCGGUAAUCCAGAGCAGACAUUACCUAAAUUUAAGAUAACAAGGCUAGGGAACAAAAUGGCUAAGAUAGUGCCGAAGCCCAGGGAGCCUACCGAAGCACCAAGACCGCUACGGAAACGACGGAGACUUGUCGAAGUUACCACGGAGGACGACGCCCUCAUUCCAAAGACACGGAAAAUUGUUCAAGUUUAAAACUUACCUAAAAUAAUCUCAUUAUCUCAAAUUAAUAGUCUUCAUACAUAUCACAAAAGCAUGAUAAUCAGAGUUCAAUGUCCUGUGAAUUUGCUAGUCUUUUAGACGUAAGAUUUAAUAAUUUUAUCAUAAUUCCAGGGCCACUAACACUGAUGAGGAAAUUUACAUAAAAGCUGAUAAAAAUCUAAAUUACUCGUAUUUCGUUGGUGGCGCUGCUGAAA